UCUCACUCUCUGAACGGCACUUUCAAAGCUCCCCAACAGUCCGAACCAACCAACCAAACACAUACAUACAUUGUUUUCAUCGAAACCCACUUAUUUACAGACAGGAGAAGGCCGUCUUCAGUUCAGCAAAACCUUUGCACUCUCUCAGAAAUCCUUUCAAGAAAGCGUCCUCUAACUUAACAAGAGAUGGCUGCAACAGCAACUCCAAGCACACAGAUUGCGACGCCAAAACCAUGCAUUUCUGCAUCCUGUAAAACCUCCAGAUCAAGAAUUGCAUGUUUUGGUAGUGAAACCAAAGGCACAUCUUGGACAAAGCUUCGGAGCUCGUCUCUCAUAUCUGCAACACAGUCUCUUUCCAAAAGCUACGACUGUAAACCAUUUAAAUCUGAAAGGCAUGUUGUGAAAGCAAUGUCAGGAGCAAGUGAUAAACAGCCUUUGCCCGGAUUGCCCAUUGAUCUUAGAGGAAAGAGGGCAUUUAUUGCUGGUGUAGCUGAUGAUAAUGGGUAUGGGUGGGCAAUUGCAAAAUCUCUUGCAGCUGCUGGUGCUGAAAUUCUCGUGGGCACAUGGGUUCCUGCACUAAAUAUCUUCGAGACCAGCCUAAGGCGAGGAAAGUUUGAUGAAUCCCGCGUGUUGCCAGAUGGUUCUUUGAUGGAAAUUACAAAAGUCUACCCGUUAGAUGCAGUUUAUGACAGUCCCGAGGAUGUCCCUGAAGAUGUCAAAGCAAAUAAACGCUAUUCAGGAUCCACAAAGUGGACUGUGAAGGAAGUUGCUGAAACAGUGAAACAGGAUUUCGGCACAAUUGAUAUUCUUGUGCAUUCACUUGCCAAUGGACCAGAGGUUAGCAAGCCGCUUCUGGAGACAUCCAGAAACGGUUAUCUUGCAGCCAUCUCGGCAUCAAGUUAUUCCUUUGUUUCCCUUCUCAAACAUUUUCUCCCCGUCAUGAAUCCAGGUGGUGCCACAAUUUCCCUGACAUACAUUGCAUCUGAGAAGAUAAUACCAGGAUACGGUGGUGGCAUGAGUUCUGCAAAGGCUGCUCUUGAGAGCGACACAAAGGUGCUUGCAUUCGAAGCUGGAAGAAAACACAACAUCAGAGUCAACACCAUAUCUGCAGGCCCGUUAAGAAGCCGAGCUGCAAAAGCUAUUGGUUUUAUUGACAUGAUGAUCGACUACUCGUUGGAGAACGCACCCUUGCAGAAGGAGCUAACUGCUGAUGAGGUGGGCAACGCUGCUGCAUUUCUGGCAUCCCCAUUGGCAUCGGCUAUCACCGGUGCGGUUGUUUAUGUCGACAACGGUCUCAAUGCAAUGGGAGUCGGAGUCGACAGCCCAGUUUUUAAGGAUCUUGAUAUUCCAAAAGCCCAGAAAAGUUAGAGUCACACAGUUCAGCAGUGUGACAACAACACUUCAGUGAAAAUUUUGAUCAUCACUCAUCAGACAUCAAAUAAAUGUUGGGUUUUCGUUUUCUUGAUUUGAUGUAUUCUCAGAGACAGAUGAGCAUGUCAUUUUCAGUCGGGAAAAAAACUUUUUUUGUUUUCUAGGAACAGUUUAAGACUGCUGAAGUUCUAUGUUGUAUUACUAUGAAUUUAUGAUUGAGUUCUGCAUAUUAUAGACUGCAGCAA